UCGCGUUUUAAAGACGAGAUAGUCGAUCGGUUACCAUUAGUGUUACCUGGUGCAUGUUUUCUGUAGCAGAAGAACGAAUUGAUUUCAGCAAAUGAUUUCAUAAACAUGGACGGGUGGAGCCCAAUUGUUGCGACCGCCUCGGACGAUGAGCGGUCGAGCUCCGAGGGCGAGUAUACCGUGCCUCCUGGAACGUUAAAAGACUCAGAAAAAAGGGAGGACGAUCCUUUGGGGAUAGAGGGAAAGACAAGGGUCGGGUUUGGGUUCACCGGUUUUGGAGAACAUGCCCUGAGAUUUAACCGAAGCAGUCCGGCGGCGGAGCAAGAACUUAGGUACUUGCACUUGCUCUGGGAACCCGGUCGGGGCGGCACGGGCGCGGGGACCGGUGUCGCAGGCAAGCCAGGAAAGAUCACAUCCAGCAAGGCAAGGCGACAUGGAAGAGCACGGCGGAAUUUGGGUCCGAUUGGAAAGGACAUAUACGCUGCUAAGAGACUAAGAGAGGCAGCCAACGGCAACGACAUCGACACGGUACGAAGGCUCUUGGAGGAUGACACUGACCCGUGUGCCGCCGACGACAAAGGACGGACAGCUCUACAUUUUUCCUCUUGUAACGGCAAUGAGAGUAUCGUUCAGUUACUGCUGAGUUAUGGCGCUGACCCAAACCAGAGAGACAGUCUUGGGAACACACCGUUGCACUUGGCUGCCUGCACCAACCACGUUCCUGUGAUUACAACUCUUCUUAGAGGAGGCGCUCGUGUGGACGCCCUAGAUCGGGCCGGGAGGACCCCUCUGCACCUCGCCCGCUCCAAACUCAACAUCUUACAGGAGGGAGAGUCCCGAAGCUUGGAAAUGCUAAGGGGUGAAGUCACACAGAUUAUUCAGAUGCUGAUGGAAUACCUGAACGUUAUGGGACAGAGUGAGGAGAGAGAGAGACUGGAACACAUCAACACGCAACUACAGCACACACGCACUAAAGAACAGGUCGAUGAAGUCACAGAUUUACUGGCCAGCUUUACGUCCCUCAGCAUUCAAAUGCAGAACCUGGGGGACAGGUAGAGACGAGAAACGGAGAGGUGGAUGGAUGACCCGG